ACCGGGAUGUCAAAAUUAUUAUGACGUUUUUCUUUCUAUUGUAAAAGUGUCGCGAUUAUAUUCGUGUUUAUUUGCGUUGAAAAAUCUAAUAAUGGCUGCUGAAAUAAAGCCUGCACCGAGAACUCCAAAUGAUAGGUUUUCUACGACGAAAAAACCAGCGCUACUUAAUAAAUUGGAAGGAUGCACUGAUGAUGUGAAUGCUGCGGUAGUCAUACCUGGGGAGGAUGGUGUAAUUAGCGUUUGCGAUGAUAAGACAGUGAGAGUAUGGCUAAAGCGAGAUUCUGGUCAAUACUGGCCCAGCAUCUGCCAGUACAUGCCGUCAGGGUGCACCUCUAUGUUCUAUACUCCUGAGACUCGGCAGUUGUUCAUUGGACAAGAGAAUGGGACCAUUUCAGAGUUUACACUUGCCCCAGAUUGCAAUAGGAUUAACCCAACUAGAGAAUACUUGGCUCACACUGCUCGAGUUACAGCUGUAGUAUUCUCAUUGAGUUGUGAAUGGGUCCUGUCUGUAAGUCGAGACAAAAUGUUUGCGUAUCACUGCAGCGAAACAGGCCGUAGAAUUGGAGUCUACACCUUUGAAGCUUGGUGCACCGCAUUGCAAUUUGACUCACAGUCGAAAUACGCGUUUGUGGGAGAUUACAGCGGGCAGAUAACUAUGUUAAAGUUAGACAAUAAUGGCCCUACACUAGUCACUACAUUAAAAGGCCAUACUGGUUCCGUGAGAGUACUAAACUGGGCGCCCAUACGUCAAUUACUAUUCAGCGGCUCCUUCGAUCAGACCAUCAUUGUAUGGGAUAUUGGCGGGCAGAAGGGUACAGCAUAUGAGUUGCAGGGACAUAGCAACAAAGUGACAGGUCUAUGGUACGUGUCUGGCUGCGAGCGUCUAGUGUCAGCGGGCGAGGACGGUGCUCUAGGAGUAUGGGAGAUGGCAGUCCGGCGCCGGGAGACUCCCGCGUGGAAGGAGGCUGACCUGUGCCAGAUCUGUAGAGCGCCUUUCAUAUGGAACGUGCGCGCUAUGAUGGAAAAGAAACAGCUCGGGUUGCGACAACACCACUGCCGCUGGUGCGGCGCGGCGGUGUGCGCGUCGUGUUCGCCGCACCGCCUGCCGCUGCCCGUCAUGGGCUUCGAGUUCCCGCAGCGGGUCUGCACUGGCUGCUACGAAACGCUGCGCCAUGAGCCUCGCGAGUCCCUGGCGUCAUUCCACGAUAUGAAGCACGCCGUCACUUCAGUAUACGUAGACGAAGCAACUGGUCGGAUGUGCACCGCGGGCAAAGAUAGGGUUAUCAAAGUAUGGGACAUCGGCAUGUUGCUCGCCCCACCCUCCAAACCCACCACCAGCGACCAAUAGCCAACCCUAUGCAUCUUUACUGAGGAGAUACGAUUGUCCAUGAAAGAAUUGGAGAAGCUAAUGUGAGUUGCUCUUUUUUCACUAAGGCUCUCAACGGAUUUAAGAACCAUAACUAAAUGUUGGUAAAAUGAAGGAAUUACUAGAAGGAACGAUACCCGGCGACUAAAUUCACAAUGUCUUCUUCUUGCUUUAAUUAAACAGCAGCGACCAUAUCUCACUAGAUGUCAAUGUCAAUUUGAUUUUUCACACAAUCAAAAAAGCCGUUCUGAUUGGCUGAAACAUGAUACUAAUAUUUUGACGUUCGCUUGUUGAUCCUUCGCAUCUUUUGUAAGUCAUGUUACCUUGAUAACCGCCCGUCAGACCGUCAAAUGUUUUGUUCUCAAGUUUUUUACUUUUCCCUAGCGCUCUAGUGUAUUUGUUUUCAAAAGGUGCUAAUUAUAACUAUAAUUCUUACAUUUUAAUUUGCUGUAUAGAGAAGAAUCACAGAAAUGAGCGGAAAUUUGUUAUUUUUUUAACUCUCCCGUUUUUUGUACAAUAUAAAAUUAAAUAUGCAACGUCAUUAAUUAUCAUAUUUAAUAAAAAAUCGUAGUUAAGAUAUGCCAGUAUGGAUAUCAAAUAAAUUACUUUUAGUUUAAAUAUUUUUAAGCAAUAACAAUAUUUAACAAAAUCGAAUGUACAUAAAAACUACAUAGACCAUUUUACUAUUGUUCAUGUCUCAAAACGAACGUAUCAUGUGAAGUAUAAUUUAAAUUCUGAAGUUGAAACAAUAUUUGAGGACAAUUUCAAUCAAUUAUCUUUCUGAAAAAUUAUUGUUCCACGCCAUUAAAUUUGAUAAUGGACAACACUAUCUCCCAAGUAGCUGUGACAUCUAUCGGUGGUAUAUUGUACUAGAUAACAUAAGCAUAUGUAGAAAUUUCAUGUCGUCAUUCCAUAAAAAUAUUGGUUUUUGUCAUGCCACAUUGCUCAAUCGCGCACCGUCAUUUUAACGUCCGUCGACAGACAACGCAGAAAUUUCGACGUACGUCAGCGAACUUCAGUGUCAACACCUAUAUAGAUGACAACAGAGCGCGACUGAGCAAUGUGGCAUGGCACUAAUCAAUACUUUCAUUUUAUCGAUGUCUACUCUUUUUACGGUACCGGAAAAUAUAUUUAAUAGUAGUUGUUGUUUUUUUAAAUUCGGUCUAGCAUUAAAAUUUUGUUCCGUAUCGGGAGUUGAUUAUUUACUGAAUUUUAUUUAGGAAUAUAUUGUUUACUACGU